GCUACUGUAUUUGGAGAUGAGGAGAGAAGGAGAAGAAGCAUGGUCGUAGGGCGGGGUUUGGUUCUCACGUCUCCUCCCGCCGCCGCCUCUGAUAGGAUUACAGUUCAGCCCCGUUACCAAGUCGGGGAGCUUUUUCACACAAACAAUUAACGCCCACCCACUGAACCGGGAAAGUCGCUUCGAACCAAACAGCGUGCUUCACAUUCAACAGUCUAUUCAGUAAUCGCCCAACGCAAAGGAGCGCUCAUUACAGAACAGUUUGAGAGAGUGACCGAGAGAGAAGUUGAAUGAACAACACUUUCGUUUGUUUCUCACAGGAUUUAAGGAUAUUUACACUGACUUCUAGUCUUUUUAACAACGUUCUGCAAUAUUUAUAUUUUUUCUUCAGUCAAAAAGCCAAUUUUGAAUUACAUUCUCUACAUGGGACCGUUACAUAAAGUGAUUGAAAACGUUUGGACGCGUCAUCUCUGAACAAUCUCAAGAAAGUGCUGAGUGCGCGUAUACAUGCCGACGCUUUAGGUUGAACAGGUUAGCUCGGAUUUCCGUUAACUAUUUACAAUUAUUUGUGACAGGGCACCGGACAGGCAGACUUUACUUCAGAUGCACCUCACAUACAUGACAGACCCCGUUUAGAGCGCAGAGGAGAGCGAGGAACAAAAACCUACCGGGUCAAACCAAACAAACCGUUUGUAGUUUGGCAGUUAGAAGCGGUUAUGCCAGCCGCUGACUUCGACAUGGUGGUUGACAGUCCCCGGUUACACGGGGGUAAAGCCCCCGCCUCUACCCCCAACAACGAGAACGUUGCCCCGGCUUCCCUAAGCAGUCCUGCCGUGGAUAUCCUGCGGAACUUCUACCAUACCAAGCGUGUGGGAAACUACUUGAUCGGGAGGAAACUUGGAGAGGGCUCCUUCGCUAAAGUCCGAGAGGGACUUCAUGCCAUGACCGGAGAGAAGGUUGCAGUAAAGGUGAUAGAUAAGAGGAAGGCGAAGAAGGACUCGUAUGUGACUAAGAACCUUCGUAGAGAGGGUCAUAUCCAACAAAUGAUCAGACACCCCAACAUCACCCAGCUGCUGGACAUACUGGAGACUGAGAACAGUUAUUACCUGGUGAUGGAGUUGUGUCCUGGAGGAAACCUCAUGAACCGGAUCUACGAUAAGAAGAAGCUGGACGAGAGAGAGACGCAGAAAUACGUACGGCAGCUGGUGAUGGCUGUGGAACAUCUACACAGAGCCGGAGUAGUGCACAGGGAUCUGAAGAUAGAGAACCUACUGCUGGAUGAACAGGACAACAUCAAGCUCAUAGAUUUUGGUCUCAGUAACUGUGCAGGGAUCCUGGGUUAUUCAGACCCGUUCAGUACGCAGUGCGGGAGCCCAGCCUACGCUGCUCCAGAACUACUGUCCCGCAAGAAGUACGGACCCAAGGUGGACGUCUGGUCCAUUGGCGUGAACAUGUACGCCAUGCUGACUGGCAGCCUCCCCUUCACGGUGGAGCCCUUCAGUCUCAGAGCUCUGCACCAGAAGAUGGUGGACAAGGAUAUGAACCCUCUACCGCCCUCUCUCUCUACAGCGGCCAUCUGUCUGUUGAAGAAGCUGUUAGAACCAGAUCCAGCUAAGAGACCCAACAUCCACCAGGUCAUGGUUGACUCCUGGCUUCAACUGGCUAACGUUAACACUGGAGCACCCUACCUCAACAGGAUCCACAUUGAGGAGAUCAACCACAUGGUAUUACUCCAUAUGACAGAGAGGAUGGGCUAUAAACACAGCGAGGUGCUGAGCGCCGUGCUCACCAACAGAGCCUGUCACACCCUGGCCGUCUACUUCCUGCUCAACAACAAGAUGAAGAGGCUCUCCAAGGAGUACCGGGAGAAGGUGUACCAGGAGAAGGAGAAGAAGACAGAGAAGAAUGAGUACUUCCAAACCCAGUGGAGGAAACACGUAGAGAAGGUCACCAUCCCUCCUAAACAGACUCCUGUCUACCUGGCCGUCAGCAAGGGGCCUAGCAAGGAGAAGAAGCACAGGAAUGUUCUUCUGCGAGCGGUGACAGGUAACUUCCACCGUGCUUCUCCUCUCGCCCCGUCCGGCACCGUCGCCUCGUCCUCCAUGGAAUACCUAGAGAUCCACCCCCUCUUCCCCCGCACGCCACAGCCAAUCAGGCGCCUCGAAACUCUCCAGGCGGCCAAUACUAGCCCAGACCACAUCCCUGCCCCCCCGGCUCCCUCUCCAAUCGGUAUGCACUCCUACGACUCCCUCUCCAAAGCCGAGCCAAUCGACGACGUUGUGGUUCCUGCCUCGGCCACUCCCUGGUACAAACUGACCAAUGGGACCUUCUCACCUCCGCGACACGUCUCCGCCUUUCACCCUGACUCCUCCUACUUAAAAAAGGCGACCAUCCCCAGCCCCCCCGUCCUCAUCGUCAACCCCCAGCCUAAAAAGUCCUCCUCUAACUCGGGUGACUGGUGCGGGUCAGACACCAGCUGUAGCCCCCCCAGCACCUUCGGCAGCCCCCCAGGAGGUUCAGCCUUCUCCCCGCCCAAAUCAGCCUUCUCCCCCCUCAACCCGUCAUCUGCCUUUAGUCCUCCGUCCGCCGGGGGCAGCGUUGAGUCAGACAGCCCCUAUCACCGCGGCAGUAAGUUCCCUUCUAUGGGCAUCGGUCAGAUCCUGAAGAAGAAGGUUCCCUUCCAACCGUUCAGUUUCAGGGCGGAGCAAGCGGUGGAGGAGGAUCUGGUGUCUCCUCCCCCUUACCACAUGCAGACGCUGCUCUGCGCCUCCGGGGCGCUCAAGACCCUCUGCUGAAGCAUUGUGGGUAACGGGACAACGACGAUGAUCAAAGACCAUGUGGAGGAUUAUGGUCCAAAGUUAUUGUCCAAUGAAACGAGGGGAUAAGAUGUCGUCGUUUCAGACAGUUUUGGAUCUCGAUCCUACUUCCUGCUUCCUGUUUUGGGGCAGGAAGUGGGCGUGGUUCUUCCUGAGCGGCCUUGGAACUUUUGUGAACUUUGACCCUGUGAACUGUCCUCUGCUGAGGCAGUCACCAUGACGACACUAUGACUCUAGAUACACAGAGACACUCUGGCUGUUGGAGUGAAAGACUAUAAAAUAAAACACUGAAGACUAAAGGUGGUUUGAAAUUAAAUGAAAAUGUCUCUUUGUACUGUCAACGAAUGUUUCUGCUGGUGAAAGGCCUUUGUGAAGACACGUUGUGACUCCAUUGACUGGAACAUGUGAAACUCCUACAGUGUCAGAGUUUCACCUGUCGUUGUUACAUAUUGUGUUGUGAGAGAGGGCUGAGUGACACACACACACACACACACACACACACACACACACACACACACACAUUCAGGGAAAUUAAGAUGAGGUUUUUACAGUGGAAGUGGUUGUAUAAUCUAUUGUAAACCAUUUCCCUGGAAGACUGUUAUGUCAUUGUGUUAUUCUAGGAAGUCCCUUCAGCUUGACAUGACUGUGGUUGUGUACGUUAAGCCACAUAAUUACAGUCGAGCCAUACCAACAGCUGCCUGUCAGUCUGUCCUUUCUGCUGUCACAUUCAUUAAAACAAAAACAUUCGAGGACCUGUGGUUAAGAUCAGUCCAUUAGUUAUGUGGAAUUUCUGCUUUGGUUUCAUUCCAACAGAACCUGAACAUCAACCGUGGGUUCUACCGUAGAAUUAGAACGCGUUCUAAUUCCACGGUAUCCACGGUGAAUUGUGUUCCACUGAAACCCAACACUGCAGAAUCCGAGUUAAUUCCACGGUAUCCACGGUGAAUUGUGUUCCACCGGAACCCAACACUGCAGAAUCCUAGUUAAUUCUACGGUAUCCACGGUGAAUUGUGUUCCACCGGAACCCAACACUGCAGAAUCCUAGUUAAUUCUACGGUAUCCACGGUGAAUUGUGUUCCACCGGAACCCAACACUGCAGAAUCCGAGUUAAUUCCACGGUAUCCACGGUGAAUUGUGUUCCACCGGAACCCAACACUGCAGAAUCCUAGUUAAUUCUACGGUAUCCACGGUGAAUUGUGUUCCACCGGAACCCAACACUGCAGAAUCCUAGUUAAUUCUACGGUAUCCACGGUGAAUUGUGUUCCACCGGAACCCAACACUGCAGAAUCCGAGUUAAUUCCACGGUAUCCACGGUGAAUUGUGUUCCACCGAAACCCAACACUGCAGAAUCCGAGUUAAUUCCUUGGUAUCCACGGUGAAUUGUGUUCCACCGGAACCCAACACUGCAGAAUCCUAGUUAAUUCUACGGUAUCCACGGUGAAUUGUGUUCCACCGGAACCCAACACUGCAGAAUCCUAGUUAAUUCUACGGUAUCCACGGUGAAUUGUGUUCCACCGGAACCCAACACUGCAGAAUCCUAGUUAAUUCUACGGUAUCCACGGUGAAUUGUGUUCCACCGGAACCCAACACUGCAGAAUCCUAGUUAAUUCUACGGUAUCCACGGUGAAUUGUGUUCCACCGGAACCCAACACUGCAGAAUCCUAGUUAAUUCCACGGUAUCCACGGUGAAUUGUGUUCCACCGGAACCCAACACUGCAGAAUCCUAGUUAAUUCCACGGUAUCCACGGUGAAUUGUGUUCCACCGGAACCCAACACUGCAGAAUCCUAGUUAAUUCUACGGUAUCCACGGUGAAUUGUGUUCCACCGGAACCCAACACUGCAGAAUCCUAGUUAAUUCUACGGUAUCCACGGUGAAUUGUGUUCCACCGGAACCCAACACUGCAGAAUCCUAGUUAAUUCUACGGUAUCCACGGUGAAUUGUGUUCCACCGGAACCCAACUCUGCAGAAUCCGAGUUAAUUCCACGGUAUCCACGGUGAAUUGUGUUCCACCGGAACCCAACACUGCAGAAUCCUAGUUAAUUCUACGGUAUCCACGGUGAAUUGUGUUCCACCGGAACCCAACACUGCAGAAUCCUAGUUAAUUCUACGGUAUCCACGGUGAAUUGUGUUCCACCGGAACCCAACACUGCAGAAUCCGAGUUAAUUCCACGGUAUCCACGGUGAAUUUUGUUCCACCGGAACCCAACACUGCAGAAUCCUAGUUAAUUCUACGGUAUCCAGGGUGAAUUGUGUUCCACCGGAACCCAACACUGCAGAAUCCUAGUUAAUUCUACGGUAUCCACGGUGAAUUGUGUUCCACCGGAACCCAACACUGCAGAAUCCUAGUUAAUUCCACGGUAUCCAGGGUGAAUUGUGUUCCACUGGAACCCAACACUGCAGAAUCCUAGUUAAUUCUACGGUAUCCAGGGUGAAUUGUGUUCCACCGGAACCCAACACUGCAGAAUCCUAGUUAAUUCUACGGUAUCCACGGUGAAUUGUGUUCCACUGGAACUCAACACUGCAGAAUCCUAGUUAAUUCUACGGUAUCCACGGUGAAUUGUGUUCCACUGGAACUCAACACUGCAGAAUCCUAGUUAAUUCUACGGUAUCCACGGUGAAUUGUGUUCCAGAAUUGGAACCCAACACUGCAGAAUCCUAGUUAAUUCCACGGUAUCCACGGUGAAUUGUGUUCCAGAAUUGGAACCCAACACUGCAGAAUCCUAGUUAAUUCCACGGUAUCCACGGUGAAUUGUGUUCCAGAAUUGGAACCCAACACUGCAGAAUCCUAGUGAUAGUCUGUUUCUAAGCCAGUCACGUAACCUUCCACACCGCUCUAACUUCCCUAUAGCCCUAUAAGGUACUGUUCCGAGCCCAACUGUUAACCUGUUAUACAAUCAGCUUCUAUAUGACAGUGGAAAUAUACAUCAUUCUAUAUGACAGUUGAACCAUUCCUUAGGGUGAGUCCCGAAUACUAUUCUAUUCCCUACAUAGCACACUGCUUUUAACCAGAGCCCUAUGGACUAUAACAUGUGUAGGAUACCAUUAGGGACUCUGUUAGCAGAUCUACCUGUUGAGACAGACAAGUUCUAUAAAAGUGUCAAAGGAUUACAAUGAGUUGCUGAGUGUUGCAACCCUGCCCUGUCUCCGACUGAAACAGGAGGAGGAAGAGGAGGGGGGAGGGGGAAGAUGAGGAGGAGGAGGAGGAGGGCAUAACUUCCACUAUCACGGCACGUAAAAGUGAUACAUUUCAUAUCGUCUUUAAGUGAGACUGACUGUCGUUUGUGCAAUAUUGCUAUAUGUGUGUUUUCUGCCUGCCGUAAACGACGGUAUUGCCAAGGUGCUUUCUGAACGAAUGGACACGAUUGUGUUCUAGUGCCGUGACAGUUUGUGGUGUUGUAUGAUUCCGGGGAUUCUAAAGGUUCUCGAUGAUGGAUUCUAGUGUUCUGUAUUCUAUGAUUUUUUUUUAAACUGUCUUCUUAUACAUAUUGACUGUGACGUUUUGACAGUGUCACACCAUUGAUUCACCAGACUGUAUUGGACGAGCAAAUGCUUCCACUUUACACAAUGCUUCUCCCUUUUGACAUAGAAUGUCUUUCAUAUCUGUCAACACUUGCAUGCAAAACUGUUUUAAUACCCGAUUUUAAUACGAAAAUGUCAAAACUUUUUAACUUUUUGAAAAUGUGAAAUGUCUUUGUAAGUCUUUUUUUUUCUUUUUUUCGAUAUUGCGAUUGAAAUGAACGGACUUGAUUCGAGGUUCUUUUGUAAUGAAUAGCUUUUUGCUUUUGAGUGUCGAGAUUUUUACGAUGGCUUAUAAAAUAUUUUAAAUAUUUAUACUAAA